AAAUGAAGGUCAUCACUGUGGCAGCAGUCUGUCUGUGCGUCAUCGCGACAACAGACGCCUUAGGGCCAUUUGGAUUCCGUCCUUUUGGUCUUGGUAUGCCGGGUGUUGGCGUCCCCCCCUUCGGUCUUGGUGUUCUGCCCAUGGGACUGCCCAGACACGUGGGCCACCCUGGAAUUGGCUACCCUGGUAUCGGAGUACACGGUUUCGGGGAUGUGUACGAUCUUUAUGAUCGUUAUGAUGCCAACGCUGCCACACGAACCGGUGCCGCUCCAACCGGAGCUAGAGCUGGAGCUGCAGUCGGUGUCGGUGCCGGUGCCGCCUAUACCGGCGUUGAUCAUACCAUGAUGGCGUUCUAAUUGGCAUCAGCAGCUCUAAUGUUGACCAGGAAGAGAGGGCAACUGAUGAAGGGGAUACCGCAUCAAGCCUGU